UUGAAUUUUCUCUUUAGUAGAGGUUUUGUAAAGGAUUUGAUCCUAUCCUUUCGAUGUUGUUGUCAAGUGUAGAAAUGUUGGAUUAAUAAACAUAAAUAUCGAAGUGUUCUUCUCACCAUAUGAUUAAGUACGAUUUAAAACAAUUAGGACAAUUAAUACUAGACUGUCGUUGAUAAAUUCUGUCGAUCAAUGUUGCGUUAGAAAAUGAACAAAAAUAUUCAGGUCAUUUUCAGGUCAGAUGAGACCUAAAAGAAACGACGUUUUUGAUUUCGAAAACCAAGCCAGGAAACGGAAAUGUAGCCAUAAUCUAGUAUAGUCUUGGUAAACGCUUUGAUCGCGAUCGUCGUAUUUUAAUGAAAUGUAAAAGGUUUUAAAGCAGCUCAUCAAAGAAAUGAAUUGCUCUAUGAGAUGUACAAAUCAUCAAGAAUUUUCUCAUCGUCAAGGUUGUAUUUUCACCGACUUUCAUCUUCAUGAUGAAAGUAGAGAUGUUCAGUUUCUGAAUCGACGAAGGCUUCCUGCUAAUCCAAUACGAAGAAUUUGUAGACUGCAAAAUAAAAAUGGUUUUUUUCUUACUAUGUCACAAUCCGGAGAAGUGAAAGCAACAAAGAACAUCAACGACCCAUUCAGUAAAAUUCAAGUUAUCUCAGUGGCCAAGAAUCUCAUUUCAUUCAGCCCUCGAGAGGAUUCAUUUGGAGGUUCAACAUACUUAGCAGUUGAUAAGAAUGGACAUAUUUUUCUUACGAGAAAGACGAAAGAUGUGAAGAUUGAUCAGUUUAUUUUUGAAGAAAAAAUGGACGAUGCAUUUUACAUUUCAUAUAAACUGAAGGCAUAUCGAGGAAAACGGGCUUGGUUUUUAUCGAUCGACGAACAUGGUGAAGUAACAAUGAAACGCCGUUUGCCUGGUGCCUUGAAUGCAAACUCUCAAUUCUAUCUAUUGCAGCUGAAAAAACGUCAUUCUUUAUAAAAUUAAACUUUACUUGUUAUGUUAACUAUGAGUUACAUAUUCAGUACAAGACACGCGCCAGAUAUCAUGCAUUAGAAUAGUACAAUACAUAGUCCUUCAAGUAACUAAACAACUUUAAAAAUAAAGAUCGGAUAUUUUUAGUUAAGGGCGAACAAUGCACAGCAUUAUUUGUCUGAGUAGGAGUUUUUAGUCGACAGAUGUAAAUUAUUUCACAAUUAACACAUGGUUAUAUCAUAGAUAAUUUUAAAACUAGCUAUUGAUAACAAUUAAAAACAAAAGCCAACUGUC